AUGGUAAACUCAGAAGUGUUACAUAAGCAAGCAGUUGCUGUCAUCACUGGAGCUGGCUCCGGUAUAGGUUUAGCAGCAGCCUUGAAAUAUGCCAAAUAUGGAAUGUCAAUUUUCUUAGCAGAUAUAGAUGAAACAUCAUUAUCGUCUGCGAUGGAAAAAGUAAAAUCUAUAGAUGGAGUUGGAGAAGUGUUCGGAGCAAAAGUUGACGUCAGUGAGAUUGAUCAAGUCGUAGGAAUGAAAGAUAAAGUUUUAGAAGAAUUCGGCGAGAUUCACAUCUUGAUGGCAAACGCAGGAAUAUCACGUCCUACACCUGCUUUCUCGCUUCAAACUUCUGUUUCAGAUUUACAAGAUCAAUGGCAUCAAGUUUUAGAUACUAAUUUCUUUGGAAUCUUGAAUGUCUGUCAAACCUUCGCUCCUAUCAUGGCAACACAAGAAAACGCAAGUGCGAUCAUCACAACAGGUAGUAAACAGGGUAUCACUUGUCCACCUGGUAAUGCAGGAUACAAUGUGUCCAAAGCAGCAGUCAAAACAUACACUGAGCAGCUCGCCCAUGAACUCCGUAAUGUUCCCGAUAGUAGAUGUUCAGCUCAUCUCUUUGUCCCAGGAUGGGUACAUACCGGUCUCACGGGAGCUAGUACGGGGAAACCAAAACCUAGCGGAGCUUGGACACCAGAACAAACUGUUGAUUACAUGGUCGAAAGGAUAUUUGAAGAUGGUGACUUCUACGUUAUUUGUCCUGAUAACGAUACCAGUUCAGCUUUAGAUAAAGCUAGAAUUCAAUGGAAUUUAGAUGAUAUAAUACAGAAUAGACCUGCUUUAUCAAGAUGGCACCCAAAUUAUCAAGCUAGAUUCGACGAUUUCAUAGCUGCCAAACAAGGUUUAUCAGCUGGAAGAAGUCGAUCAAGAGGUAGAAGAGAUGUUGGAUCUCGGGAAGCAGGAUUUCCUACUCAGGCUGAUCUGUCUAGGUUUUAG